AUGCCACGAGAAGCCUCGGUGCCCUUUGGUGGGUUCUCUCCUCCACAGAACCCUGGUGAAUGGAAGAGGGCUCUCCUUGAUGUGAAAUGGCUAUGUCUCAAUCAACAAUACAAGCAAUGUGCCUUGCGUUGCAAUCAGCUCAUAGACACCGCGUCUAGUCCGCUUCAUCCGAUCUGUGCGACCUACCUCCACUAUUAUGCAGCCACCUCAUAUGAGUACAUGGGACGAGCAGCUCAUAUCUUUUCGGCUGUCAAAGUCCCGCUUCUGACUUCUGCUAUGGAACGGUUUCAGACUUCCUAUGAGUCUUUGCCAGCUACUAUCCCUGUACCAGUUCUGAAUCCCAACCAGACCUAUUCGCCAGUUACUUUCCUUCUUUCGCCCGACUCGACUCCUCGGUCUUCGUUGAGUACUACCGAGUGGAGCCCUGCAGUUUCCCCGGCCUAUGGUGUCCCUCCUGGUCCUGAUCCAAAUGCUCAAACUCUGUCAGUUCAGAAUCUGUCGGCACAUAAUGCUAGGCUAGCUCACACUCCUCCUUCGCCUGACCAUUCUCCCUAUUCCUCUCCAACCCAUUCUGUUACCACUGCCUUUUGUCUCACGCCACCUCCUACUGUUGGAGAAGCCUCGCGUCUUGACUAUAGCGCUCCUGCUCCUCCAGCCUUUCAUAUCCCGCCUCCGAACUAUGCGCCUCCACCUCCACCACGCGCCGUUCCUGUUCGCCCGGCUACCAGGGAUCAAUUACUCUCUUUUAAUAGUGCCCGAGAUGGACUUCCCAACGGGGGAUCUAUCGUUCGAAACAUUGCACGCAUGAUUGAUAACUCCAUUAUUGCGGGAGCCGACGACCCUUUUGUGACCCGCACGCCGCCAAAACAUCCCGAUCUAAAGCGGCCACCAGUGCGUCUAUCUCCGAUCACGUUCCCAGCUGAACUUGAGGACCCGGUAAAGCGCAGCGAGCUCAUUCCAUCCCCACUUGCCAUUCGGAAGAGCUCUGGCGAAGUGCUCAUGUGCGGCAGCUCUGCAAUGGUAAUUUGCGGAGGCUCAGAGCAAGAAACGUCUAGGAAUGAGGUGAAUCGACCAGUCCGAGCUCGCCCACCCCGGCUACCCUUGAAGAUAAUCCCAUCCGGACGUCUGAAUGCUAACUCAAAGGAGACGAGUCCUCCUCCCCUAGCACCGCGGCCGAAGCGUCUGAGUCCCGUCCUCUCUUCACCCACGACCAAGGCUCCAUCGACCCCCACGCCCGUUAUGAGAAAGAAGAUUCCCAUCCUCGGCUCGCCAGAGAAGAAAAGAAUCAAGUCACCCUCGUUGCCAUCUAGAAAGUCAUCCCCCUCCCCCGCGCCUGUCAGCUCUGAGCGCGCCGCCCAGAUCAGUGAGUUCAACGACGCCGUCAAGUGGCUCCGCGAGCAUAUUCCCGCCGACGUGGCCGGACUCCGCAAGCAGAUUAAGCAUGUUUCGGAUUUGCAGCAGGCCCGUCGGUCUCGCAACACUACUAUGGCCCGCUCUGCUUCCUUCUGGACUUUUUCUCCCGUGAAGAUUAACCCCGAUUCCGGUGAACCCCAGGAAUCGACUGUGAUUGAGGGGCCUAAUAUCGAUGAGUAUGGAAAUGUUAUUCGGGUUGAGACUAAGGCGCAGCGCAUUAAGCGGCUCAGGGAAGAGGAUUGGAGGAUUGGUAUUCGGUCGAAGCAUAGUCUCUGGAAGGGGACUGAGUACUACGAUAAGCUUUGCGAAACUGCUUUGGCAGAGCUUGGUCCGACAGGUUAUGGAUCUCGCGAAUGGAUGCAGCGCUGA